UGUGUGUGUGUGUGUGUAACUGUAUGUCGAUUAACCAGUCAUGGCAGUAACAUGUGGAAUUUUUCAUAACCUCGCCCCAGGGGCACCAUGCUGUGUAUCAUGCUGCUUUUUUUCCACUCCUGCCUUCUCUCUCUCUCUCUCUCUCUCUCUCUCUCUCUCUCUCUCUCUCUCUCUCUCUCUCUCUGUGGUGUUAUUCAGAGUCAGCUGCUGGCGAGCUGUGAUUUGUUGUUUGUUGUGCAGCCAGCUUUAUGGGGCAGUAGUAGCUGUCAGUGACUGAUCUCCUCUCCAUGGCCUGCCGUCCCUCCGGCUCUGGCUCCUACACUGUGGUUAUCAUCCCGCUCAGGACCAGCCUCUACAGCCUGGACGCACUCCGCUUCUACUUAUGGAUUAAACGCAUGAAGGACCUAGAGAAGGAGAAGGACGCUCUGUGGUCUGGCCUGGAGAUUCUGGAGAGGACUCGCCUCUGGUACCUGCAGCGGCUGGAGGAGAACAGAGCCCGGCAGGACGACAUCGAGACCAACAGUGUGUUUGGUUCCUGUCAGGAAGGUGCAGCAGAGGUCCCGCCCUCCCUCCUCAGGUCCCGGAUCCAGCGGGUGAACGGCUCUCUGGGCUCUGUGAUGAGCGAGCCCAAUGUCAUGAGCAGGAGCGACCCCUCUCUGCUCGAAACAGUGGCAGACAGCGACCUCCGGUGGCACAACUCAGUACUGACUCAGGAGGUGAGUGACAAAAACCGUCAGAUCUCCAUGUUAGAACUGGAGAAAGACGCUCUCCUCGAACAGCUUGACGAGCUGCAGGUCUGACUGACCUGCACACACACUACUUGUAAAUAUGUAUUUAAAUUAAUAAAUUACAGUUAAUGAUG